GCUAUGUAGCCCCUCCCCUUGUUUCUGGCUUAUUGUCAGUAUCCUUGUUGUCGUCCACAGGAUACACACACUCGCAAUUGGGCAGUUCUUGACAGUUUGCGUACUAUUGCCAACUGUACUCCGUGCCGAGCCGAGGCCAUAUCACACAGGGCCAAGCACCGCGACCCUCCGGUCCAUUCACCAGUUGCGUGUGCUGCAUAGCCGGGGCUUCCAGCAACCCGACCGCGUCAGUGUAACUUCUCUGCUAGUUGAUCAGUCGUGUCCGUUAGUUGUUCUGGCCAAAAACACAGUAACGCUCUCUUCACACAACUUUUCUUCGCCGGAACACAGCCGUGAUUUCUGCUCAUUUCUAUCCGGUCUCUUCAAAAUUUGGUUACUCUUCGAUGUAGGUUUACAAGGAUUCUGCUGUCAUGAUAGGCCUACAGUACUACUAAGGAGGAUCAUCUAUGGACUAAGUUCAGUUUAUCCAGAACUGUUUCUACGACCGUAUUUCGUGUCACCAUGUCAACAUUACAGUACCCUGGACCUCCCCCACCAUCAAGCAUGAACCUUCAUAACCCUCACAUGAACCACCACCAUGGCCUGGUGGGUCCCGGACUUGCACCCCUGUCAGCUCCUAACGGUAUUCAGUCCCUGAAUACGCUCCACAACGGUAGCGGACCGCCGUCACACACUCCCUUCUACAUCGAUAAUAUCCUGGGGAGCCGCUUGAACAUGACGGGGCCAGCGCGGCCGACACCGACACUACCAAGUCCAACUUUCCCGGCGCACAUGAACUCAGCGUACAACUCGUACUACGAACAGGCAGUCCAUCCCGGGCUGGCCGCACCGACACCGAUCAGCUACGGGUCCGGCGCCUUCUCCAGCCCGCCUCCUUACCCGUUCGCCCGGGGUGACUACCCACACGGACUAAUCGAUAGACACGAUCCUUACUCGAAAGUGCCGGGGAAACCAUUUCUCUGGAACCCCUUCAUCCAGAGGCCGUUGCAUAAGCGGAAAGGCGGUCAGGUUCGGUUCUCUAACGACCAGACGAUGGAGUUAGAGAAGAAGUUUGAAAGCCAAAAGUAUCUCUCGCCGCCGGAAAGGAAAAAGCUGGCGAAACUCCUGCAACUCAGCGAAAGACAGGUCAAGACAUGGUUCCAAAACAGACGUGCAAAAUGGAGAAGGGUCAAGCAGGAAGUUCCAACAGGGAAAGGAGAAGGUGACGAGAACUCUCACGAGAAACCGCGAGAUUUGGACAGAGAUGACUUCAGCCGCGAACAAGUACUCUCCAACGGCGCAGCCUGCGCCUUCACGCACGGAGGUGGGAGUGAGGCGGACUCGCUAGAAGAGAAAGAAGCUUGAUGCAAGUCUAAUGACUAGUCUUGAACCGUAGAUGUACAAUUUAGUUGUGGUUGGUAUAAACUACGAAUUUUGAAGGAAGGAGGAAACAGCCGUCGGAGUUGCGAUUUAAUGGGCACUGGGACGAUUUUGGACGAAUCUGCAAGUGUUAAUUCACGACUGUUUGCUGUGUUCGUGUAUUGUGCAUUUGACACUGGUCUUACCCGUGGGCACAUAACAGCCGUCAAUUCUCUACCCAACAGAGCAGGCAUGAAGGAACAAUAUCAAUGACUUAUCAUCCAGUUAACGUGUACCAUGGAUAACCUCUCUGCUAACCCGCCGAAUUUCGGCUCGAACCAGGACAGUCAGAAGGAAACAUGUGGGCCUGCUCGCCAUGUUGAUUCCAUACUGCAAUUCCGAACUCUUGUGAAUAUGAUGUGAGCUUUUGUCUUUUUUGCUUUUGUGAAACAAUGUUUGGGUCAUUUAAAUUUGAGAUAUUUAUGUACACUUUGUAUAGGUUAUUAUGUUUCUAUCAAAAAGAAGCCACUAGAAAAUAUUCUUCGGCUUUGAGCAAGGUCUAAAUCUUUCAUUACUCAAUCAGUGACCGUUGUCUUUUUUAUAAUGCAGAUCAUAAAUUAUUAUGCAUGAAGUGAAGGUUUUUCCCUGUUUUUAUGUUGUUUAAUUCUUUUUAGACUUCAGGUUUUAGACGUUACAUUUCGGGGCAAUUCUGAACUACAGAAGUUGCCGAAAUAGUGACAGUCUAUUUCUUGAAGCUGAAUUAUGACAAUCGAUAUUAACUCGGUGUAAUUCCCAACCCAAGCAAACAAAAAUUCCUUUCUUCAACAAUAGUUGAUCGUGCACAAGGAGUUUUUUUCGAGGAAUUUUUCCACCAAAAUUUCGAGGAAUCCUUGUGCACGCACUUCACGAUAGAUCACAGCAAUGCUGCAUUACUCCGUGUUACAAGCCGGAUGAAACUGGUCUACACAAGCCCAAAACAUGCGUCGAAUUAGCGGUCUUUUAAAGACUAAAGUUAAUAUCGUUGGUCUAAGUCAAAGAUCAGGAUGAGUUAUACUCUUUUUGCCUGUGCCAUUUUGCACCGUACGUUUGAACAAUGGUUUCGUUUCGAUGUUCCUUAUACUUCGGAGAAAAAUUGUGAAACUCACUGUCCAUUGAAGAGCUAGGUUCAUCUUAAGAUUGAUCUAAAGGUAUAAGUAAUGUCUUAAGAAUCAAUUUAACAAAAAGAAAUCUGGGUUAUGUUUUACAACUAGGGAUACUAUCAUGAUAUCGAAAACUGACACUUGCCGUUCCUUUUUAUGACCAAAUCUUCUAUAAUUCAAAUCUUUUGUCUCAAAUUUAUUAUGAAUAAUAACUUGUUGUGUUUCUGUAAUCGGAUAUUUAGUCUGCAGUUGAUGCCUUCGUUUCGACAUCAAGCGUUGUCAUUUCAUUUUGCUGUUUUGUUUGAAGAUGGUUUCUGCAGGAAUAAUAUUUAUUGUACGUUUUCUUUUUGUAAAAAACACACAAUUUUGAAUACAUUCCAUAACCUUUGCGUUGGCAAUAAUAAUGAUGUUUACGACUUAUCAGUCUAUGACCAAAACGUGAUCGGACAUUAUUAGAGAGAUGUGGACAAGUGUGAAAUUCUCAGUUUGUGUAAAAGUGAAUAAAUUAUAUGAAGUCACGUGUUCACAACA